AUGGCAAGUUUUGAAAGAACUGGAAAAAUGGAAGAAAUUUUUCAGAAAAAUAGAAAUAUGGAAGAACAACCACCAUCCAAUGUAAGAAGGAAAGUUGUUGGACCAAUUGAGAUAUUCUGCUUUGCUGAUAGACUGGACAUCAUACUCAUGGUCCUAGGAUUGCUGGCAUCACUAGUAAAUGGAGCCUGUCUUCCAAUAAUGUCACUGAUCUUAGGAGAAGUGAGUGAUAAACUUAUUAGUGGAUGCUUAGCCAAAAGCAGCACAACAAAUUAUCAGAACUGUACUCAAUCUCAGGAGAAGCUGGAUAAAGAGAUGAUUGUAUUAACCCUGUAUUAUGUUGGAGUAGGAGUUGCUGCCUUGGUGUUUGGCUACAUACAGAUUUCUUUUUGGGUUAUGGCUGCAGCACGACAAACCAGAAGAAUUCGAAAACAACUUUUUCAUUCAAUCUUGGCACAAGACAUCAGCUGGUUUGACAGCUGUGAGAUUGGUGAAUUUAACACUCGCAUGACAGAUGAUAUCAACAAAAUUAAUGAUGGUAUUGGAGACAAGAUUGCUCUGUUGUUUCAAAACAUAUCUACUUUUUUAAUUGGCCUGACAAUUGGUUUGGUAAAGGGCUGGAAACUCACGCUGGUAACCUUGUCCACAUCUCCUCUUAUAAUUGCUUCUGUGGCCAUGUUUUCUAAGAUAGUCAUCUCAUUGACUAGUAAAGAACUUAAUGCUUAUUCCAAAGCGGGUGCUGUAGCUGAAGAGGUUUUGUCAUCAGUCCGUACAGUCAUAGCCUUUGGGGCCCAGGAGAAAGAAAUUCAAAGGUAUACAAAGAAUCUGAAAGAUGCAAAGGAUGUUGGCAUCAAAAAGGCUAUAGUUUCAAAACUCUCUCUUGGUGCUGUGUACUUCUUCAUGAAUGGAACCUAUGGACUUGCUUUUUGGUACGGAACCUCCUUGAUUCUUAGAGGAGAACCUGGUUAUACCAUUGGAACUGUUCUUGCUGUUUUCUUUAAUGUAAUCCAUAGUAGUUAUUGCAUAGGUGCAGCAGCAUCUAACUUUGAAAACUUCACUAUAGCCCGAGGAGCUGCCUUUAAUAUUUUCCAGGUUAUUGAUAAGAAACCCAAUAUAGGUAACUUUUCAACAACAGGAUAUAAACCUGAAUGCAUAGAAGGAAAUGUGGAAUUUAAAAAUGUUUCUUUCAGUUAUCCAUCAAGGCCAUCUGUCAAGAUUCUGAAAGGUAUGAACCUCAAAAUUAAGUCUGGAGAGACAGUGGCCUUGGUUGGUCCCAAUGGCAGUGGGAAGAGUACAGCAGUCCAACUCCUGCAGAGAUUAUAUGACCCUGAAGAUGGCUAUAUCAUGGUGGAUGGUAAUGACAUAAGAACUUUAAAUGUACAGCAUUAUCGAGAAUGUAUUGGAGUCGUCAGCCAAGAACCUGUUUUGUUUGGGACCAGCAUUAGUAACAACAUUAAAUAUGGACGAGAAGGUGUGACUGAUGAAGAGGUUGAAAAAGCAGCAAAGGAAGCCUAUGCUUAUGAUUUUAUAAUGGAGUUUCCCAAUAAAUUUAAUACCCUGGUAGGGGAUAAAGGAACUCAAAUGAGUGGGGGACAGAAACAGAGAAUUGCAAUUGCUAGAGCUUUAGUUCGAAACCCCAAGAUUCUGAUCUUAGAUGAAGCUACAUCUGCUCUGGAUACAGAAAGUGAAUCAGUUGUUCAAGCUGCACUGGAGAAGGCAAGUAAAGGUCGUACUACAAUUAUAGUAGCACACCGGCUCUCCACUGUUCGAAAUGCGGAUCUGAUUGUGACCAUAAAAGAUGGGAUAGUGGUGGAAAAUGGAACACACGCUGAACUAAUGGCAAGCCAAGGUCUAUAUUAUUCACUGGCAAUGUCACAGGAUAUUAAAAAAGCUGAAGAACAGAUGGAAUCAGUGACACAUUCUAUUGAAAAAACUGCCAGCUCAGUUCCCCUGUGUUCAAGGAAUAGCAUCACGUCAGGCUUUACUAACAAAUCUGAGGAAUCCACCCAAAAUAAAAAGGCACAUGUUCCUGAAGUGUCUCUAUUAACAAUUUUUAAAUUAAACAAGUCUGAGUGGCCUUCUAUGGUUCUAGGGACAUUAGCUUCUGUUUUAAAUGGAACUGUUCAUCCGGUAUUUUCCAUCAUCUUUGCAAAAAUUGUCACUAUGUUUGAAAAUGAUGAUAAAACCACAUUGAAGCAUGAUGCAGAAGUUUAUUCUAUGAUAUUUGUCAUUUUGGGUGUUAUAUGCUUUAUCAGUUAUUUCAUUCAGGGAUUGUUUUAUGGAAGAGCAGGGGAAACUUUAACUAUGAGAUUAAGACACUUGGCAUUUAAAGCCAUGUUAUAUCAGGAUAUUUCCUGGUUUGAUGAUAAAGAAAACAGCACAGGAGCUUUAACAACAGCAUUAGCCAUAGAUAUCGCACAAAUUCAAGGAGCAACUGGCUCAAGGGUUGGUGUCUUCACACAAAACGCAACUAACAUGGGACUAUCAGCUCUAAUUUCCUUCAUGUAUGGAUGGGAAAUGACACUCCUGAUUCUGAGUAUCGCUCCAGUAUUUGUUCUGACAGGAAUGAUUGAAACAGCAGCAAUAACCGGAUUUGCCAACAAAGAUAAGCAAGAACUUAAGCGUGCUGGAAAGAUAGCAACAGAAGCUGUGGAGAAUAUACGUACUAUCAUGUCAUUAACAAGAGAAAAAGUCUUUGAGCAAAUGUAUGAAGAGAUGCUUCAGACUCAGCACAGAAAUGCCUUGAAGAAAGCACAGAUCAUUGGAAGCUGUUAUGCAUUCAGUCAUGCCGUUAUAUAUUUUGCCUAUGCGGCAGGACUUCAAUUUGGAGUCUAUUUAAUUCGAGCUGGAAGAAUGACCCCAGAAGGCAUAUUUAUUGUUUUUACUGCAAUCGCAUAUGGAGCUAUGGCCAUGGGAGAAACACUUGUUUUGGCACCUGAAUAUUCCAAAGCCAAGUCCGGUGCUGCACAUUUGUUUGCUUUGUUAGAAAAGAAGCCAACUACCAACAACUAUAAUCAAGAAAUAAAAAAAAUAAACACAUGUGAAGGGAAUAUAGAGUUUCGAGAUGUCUCUUUCUUCUAUCCAUGCCGCCCAGAUGUGCUGGUCCUCCACGGCUUAUCUCUCUGUAUCGAGAAAGGAAAGACAGUAGCAUUUGUUGGCAGCAGUGGCUGUGGGAAAAGCACUUCUGUCCAACUUCUGCAGAGAUUUUAUGAUCCCGUGAAAGGACAAGUGCUGUUUGAUGGUGUGGAUGCAAAGGAAUUGAACAUACAGUGGCUUCGUUCUCAAAUAGCAAUUGUUUCUCAAGAGCCUGUGCUCUUCAACUGUAGCAUUGCUGAGAACAUUGCCUAUGGUGAUAACAGCCGUAUUGUGCCAUUAGAUGAGAUAAAAGAAGCAGCAAAUGCAGCAAAUAUUCAUUCUUUUAUUGAGAGUCUCCCGGAGAAAUACAACACCCAAGUUGGACUGAAAGGAACACAGCUUUCUGGCGGCCAGAAACAAAGACUAGCUAUCGCAAGGGCUCUUCUCCGAAAACCAAAAAUCUUAUUGCUGGAUGAGGCCACAUCAGCCCUUGAUAAUGAAAGCGAAAAGGUGGUUCAGCAUGCCCUUGAUAAAGCCAGUAAGGGAAGAACAUGCUUAAUGAUUACCCACAGACUCUCCACCAUACAGAAUGCAGAUCUGAUAGUGGUUCUGCAUAAUGGAAAAAUAAAGGAGCAAGGAACUCAUCAAGAGCUUCUGAGAAACCGAGACAUGUAUUUUAAAUUAGUGAAUGCACAGUCAGUGCAGUGA